GGAGGGGGUGAUUUUCGCUGAUCUUAAUGCCGUGUCCGGAAUUUGUUGCGCUGAUUCAUCACAAAACAAUUUUUCACUAACAUUUGUUUCAAAACUGCGCAGAUGUUGGCCUCUGGAGGAAAGUUUGCACCGAUGUCAGAUGCCCCAGCGCCAUCUGUGAUACAACACACGGACGACUUAAGAACUAAAGAUAUGGCUACGAAACUAAAGGUGGCGCCACUGAUCGUUUCGAAGUCUUCGAUUGUCGGCAUGCAAUAUCAAGGGCAUUUGAGCGUCGUUUUUGUUAUGAUCAGUUUUUUUAUUGCAAGCAAUGUUAUUUUCAUUCUGUAAUAUUCAAAUCUGCAAAAUUAACUAACUAUGGAAAUAUGCUGAAUGUGUUGUCAUAUACAUGUACGAUUUAUUACGUUUUGGAACCCGAGGAUACCGGCUGAUAUAUAUAUUUUUUUUUGUUAUUGAUUUAUGCUAUUCUGCUUUGAAUCAAAACAAUUCUGCAUCGGGUCAAAUUCAUACCGAGACGGACGGUGGUGGGGAGAUAGGGCUUACUGGGGUGGGUAUCUAAUGAUAGCAAAGUCGAUUGAACUGAUGCCUAAAACACGUGCUACUACGCAUCAUUUCAUCCUGGGUAAGGCAGGUCCAUUGCCUACAACCGUGCUGCCGACAAAGGGUGAUGUGAUUAACUAUGUAAAAUUUCUCGAUCAAGACAGCAACGGGUUCUCGACCACCCGGAAAACGCCAGCUCCUUCAGUUUUCAAUCAUGUCGCUGUUAGUGUCAGUGAAAUGUGGUCGCAAGAGGGCAUCCCUGUCCAUGGAAUUAAAUAUGUCAAAGAGCUCGUGCGAAAGGAGUAUGCUGCAUAUAAAAACGCGAACAGGACGAAAAAAUCUCAAAGGGCGGACGCUGACAAUAGCCACUUCUUGAAGCUAUUCGACAUCGCCAUGUGCAAAUGUGCCUCCCGUGCGGCGUGCUGCUGUCCGCGAGAUGCAAAAGUUCCAAGUGAGGAGUGGCCAUUCCUCAAGGACCAGCGACACAAGCGCCGACUGACGCUGGGAUCAUACGAUCGGGCCACGAGUGAGGCGAGGCAGGCGCGUCUGCAGCGUCAGUUAUCGCGACACCGCAACCAGCAGCAUGGUGGCGCUACGGAGCCUUCUCCUGGGCCGAGCGGCGUUGGCAGUGGCAGCACCGUCGGCGCUGUGCCCGCCGAGCAGCUCCGCCUCGGCGACACUGACAGCAGUGACAGCGGCGGCGGCGACGCCGGCAGCGACUCGUCUGCGGAUGACGAAGAGUUUACAGCUCCGACUGCACUUCCGAGUGCCAAGAACGCAGAUGAUCUGAGGGAGACGGCGCUCGCAGCGGACCGGUACGGCGUUUCUAACCGGGCCGCUGCUGCUAUCAUAAACGCGUUUCAAGUCGAUAUCGGGCGCAUCAAUGAAAACGACAUGUCGAACGUCGUCGACGCCAAGAAAAUAUGGCGCGCGAGAAACAUGAUGAGGAAUGAAUCGGCCCGACAAAACAUCGACGCAGCUGUGUCCGGAGGAGUAGAGAGCUUGUACUUUGACGGGCGCAAGGACAAAACAUGUACCGACUGUUCGGCGGCGACAGACAUACAAGAACAUGUCGUCGUCCUGUCUGAGCCGGGGAAUCUGUACCUGACACACUUCACCCCUCAGUCUGGGAGCGCCAUUCACAUGGUGAACGAGCUCUACACCAUCGCUGUGGCGUUCGGUGAACAUGUGAAAGCACUGGGAUGCGAUGGUACGGCGGUGAAUAUCGGGACCAGCGGUGGUGUGUGCCGACUUUUCGAGCUGGCGACAAAUAAGCCCGUGCACUGGUUUGUGUGCAUGCUGCACGGCAAUGAAUUGAACCUGCGGCACGUAUUCAAGACGCUGGACGGCACUACCAGCGGACCUCGAACCUUCAACGGCGCCAUCGGCACCAGCUGCGCCGAGGACGUGUGGAGGAGGGAGGUGGCGCCGUUCCAGCCCGUGCCCGGACACGUGCCGGAGAUGACAGCCGAGCUGGUCGCCACCCUCAGUCACGACCAGCAGCUGCUGUACCGACUGGCUCUGGCGGUGCAGACUGGCGACAUGUCGGACUCCGUGGCGCGACAGAGGAUCGGGCCACUCAACCACGCCAGAUGGCUGACACUCGGCGCGCGGGUGCUGCGCCUGUACGUGAGCACAGAGUCACCGUCUGACAGCCUGCGGCUCCUCGUGCAGUUUCUGGUGACUCACUACGUGCCGGUGUGGUUCUGCAUCAGGCGACACCCCGACUGCACAGACGGUGCAAAGAACUUCCACCGUUCUGUGGAGCUUCUCCGAGAGCUGCCGGAGAUGAUCCAGGAGGUGGUGCGACCCGUCCUGCAGCGCAACGGGUACUGGGCGCAUCCUGAGCAGGUGCUGCUCGCGAUGGUGGCUGACGGUGACGCUGGCGUCCGACAGGAGGCCGUGCGCCACAUACAGGCAGCCAGACAGCGCGAGACGGAGGACGUUCGGCCAUUCCGGCUGCCGGAGCUGAACUUCAGCGCCUCCGCUUACACAGAGGUGAUCAGCUGGAGCCCGCCGGAGAGUGUGACGCAGCCGCCGCUGCUGCGCCACCUCACAGACGAGCAGCUGCAAGCCAUCGAGCACUCUCCGCUGCAGCUGCCGAACUACCCGGUCCACACGCAGGCGGUGGAGCGGGCAGUUCGGACCGUAACCGAAGCGUGCCUGGCGGUGCGUGGGGAAGAGGCGCGUCACGGCUACAUCACUGCACGCCUGAAGCACCGCCGCUGCCAUCCGGUCUUCGCUUCGAAGAAAGACUUCCAGAUAUGCUGAACUGCUCAGUGAUCACUGUCACCCGUUCGUGUGACUGCCAGUUCGGUCCUGUCGCCGUGUCUUCGAAGUUGCCGUCGCCGCUGCCUUGGCCCGCUGCGACCCGCCGGGGCCUGCCCCUGCCGCUCGCUGUGAUGUGGUUGUCGCUGCUGCCGCCGCCCCACCCCCCCCCCCCCCGCCCGCCCCGCUCGGCCGGUUUUAAGAGUGCAGUGCCAUACCGUUACGUGAAUGCUCGGAAGAUUUUCGUGUUUUUGCGAUUCUGUAAAAGGAUGUUUUCUUCAUACGUGAAUUAUGUCGUGAAUGAGACCCCAUACGUGGGUGUCUGGUGUAUGGUUUCGGCUUUCGGUUUGCGUCGGGUGCAGUGAUUGAUGUAUUUUAUGUUACAUGUGGUUGAUUAAUACGAGGAUUUUCACGAAAAAAAAGUUCGGUCCUGUCUCGUAUCUCGCAUUGAUGAUUCGAAGUGUAGUGAAUGUUGCUUCAUUUGUUAGCUAUCGAUAUACGUGGCAUUGUGAGAUACCAUGUACUGCAUUCAGAUGAGCCAGGCUCUCAUGAUGUUUGCUAUCGUUCUAUUUAAUUAGUAUUAUAUUGAUAAGCACGGAAAUGGCAAGUAAACGACAUAAAACGGCGUUCGUGGAGCGGUCGGACAGGUUUUGCACUCAGCGCCACCUAGCGCCACUUAUGAGAAGGAGUAGUUCCGCAAUAUGCCGUAUGUUGUUCUGCAGAUGGCGCCACUAAUACAAAUGAGACUGAACGGAGACACAAACUUUUCAGAAGAGGCCAUCAAGUACGGAGUUUUGAGGGGAAUUAUCGUCCUAGAUGAUUUAGCAACAUAUCAGGGCACCAAAUAAUUCUAACGGCAGAUCAUUUUUGGAUUGACGACACACCCUACU